UUGUUUCUUUCAGGAAAUGGAUGUUGCUUUGGGUCAAGAAGUAGGGUAUUCUAUUCGUUUCGAAGAUUGCUCGUCUUCAAAAACUGUUCUAAAAUACAUGACUGAUGGUAUGUUGCUGAGAGAAGCCAUGAGUGAUCCUAUGUUGGAAAUAUAUCAGGUCAUCUUGCUUGAUGAGGCUCACGAGCGUACUUUGGCAACAGACAUACUUAUGGGUGUGUUGAAGGAAGUGCUUAAGCAAAGAUCUGAUUUGAAACUGGUUGUUAUGUCAGCUACACUAGAUGCCGGAAAGUUCCAACACUAUUUUGAUAAAGCUCCCCUUUUGAAUGUACCAGGACGUACCCAUCCUGUAGAGAUCUUUUAUACUCCAGAGCCUGAGAGAGACUACCUUGAAGCUGCCAUUAGAACAGUAAUUCAGAUUCAUAUAUGUGAAGAAAUUCCUGGUGAUGUCUUGUUGUUCUUGACUGGUCAAGAGGAGAUUGAAGAAGCAUGUAAGCGCAUUAAACGUGAAGUUGACGCAUUGGGUCCAGAUGUUGGGGAUUUGAAGUGCAUUCCCCUAUACUCAACAUUACCCCCAAAUUUGCAACAACGCAUUUUUGAGCCACCACCCGCUAAUAAACCCAAUGGAGCUAUUGGUCGGAAAGUAGUAGUGUCAACCAAUAUAGCUGAAACUUCGUUAACAAUUGAUGGAGUUGUUUUUGUAAUUGAUCCUGGUUUCGCAAAACAAAAGGUUUAUAACCCUCGAAUUCGAGUGGAGAGUUUGUUAGUGUCUCCUAUAAGUAAGGCAUCAGCACAACAGAGGGCCGGCCGAGCAGGACGAACCAGGCCCGGAAAAUGUUUCCGUCUCUACACUGAAAAAGCCUUCAAAAAUGAAAUGCAGAUCAUCACAUUUACUGUUCUAGACAGUAAAGGACAACACUACCCUGAGAUCUUGAGAUCUAAUUUGGGUUCAGUGGUAUUGCAGUUGAAAAAGUUGGGAAUAGAUGACCUUGUUCAUUUUGAUUUCAUGGAUCCACCUGCACCUGAGACGUUAAUGAGAGCUUUGGAGCUGCUGAAUUAUCUUGCUGCAUUAGAUGAUGAUGGUAAUUUGACAGAACUUGGGGCAAUUAUGGCAGAAUUUCCUCUUGAUCCACAGUUAGCCAAAAUGGUGAUAGCGUCGUGUGACUUCAACUGUUCAAAUGAGAUCCUGUCUGUAACUGCUAUGCUUUCAGUACCCCAGUGCUUUGUUCGCCCAAAUGAGGCCAAGAAAGCAGCAGAUGAGGCCAAGAUGAGAUUCGCGCACAUUGAUGGUGAUCACCUUACAUUACUCAACGUCUACCAUGCCUUCAAGCAGAAUAUGGAGGAUGUGCAGUGGUGUUACGACAACUUUGUCAAUUAUCGGUCCUUGAAAUCUGCUGACAACGUGCGCCAACAGUUAUCCCGUAUAAUGGAUCGUUUCAGUCUAAAGCGUACAUCAACAGACUUCAACUCUCGGGAUUACUACAUGAACAUCAGGAAAGCGUUGGUGGCUGGAUUUUUCAUGCAGAUUGCCCAUUUGGAGAGAACAGGUCACUACAUGACCAUCAAAGAUAAUCAAGUUGUACAGCUUCAUCCAUCUACCUGCCUAGACCACAAGCCAGAAUGGGUUCUCUACAAUGAAUUCGUUUUGACCACAAAGAAUUACAUCCGAACUGUGACAGACAUAAAGCCUGAAUGGCUCAUCAAGAUUGCACCAAAUUACUAUGACAUGCAGAACUUCCCCCAGUGUGAGGCCCGUCGUCAGCUUGAAAAUAUAAUUGCUCGAGUAGAAUCAAGACAAUAUAGAGAAGGAUUUUAGAUAAAACACAUAAUCAUGUAUGACUGAUGAUAAUUUAUAAGGUGAUAGAGUAUGUUACAAAUUCAUAGCAGUAUGAGUGUAGUGUAAAUGUUAUAUUUUCAGUUACUUGUAAUAACAGUCUGCUAGCGUUGAAGGAAUUAAAUUUAUUGACUAUGGUAGUAGCAGUACCCGUUACAACUUGGUCACAGUAUUAGAUGUCUGACUGCUUUCUGUUUGGAAGCAUGCUGUGCGAGUGUGAAGUUCUCUUGUUAAUGUGAGAGCACCAGCAUCAGUUCAUAGUUUGAAUGUACAAACACUUAUAUGAGUGGUUACACCCUCACCUUUAAAUCCAUUUGAUGUCUUGCCCUUUUUUUUUUUUUUUUUCCUUUUUUUUUCUUUUUUUCUUUUACUUGAGUUUCUCGUGUAAUAUAUUCCACUGAAAGACUAGUUGGCAGGUUGUUCAUGUGAAAUACAUUCUUAAAUUAGACAGAUCUACCAUCAAAUUAAAGUGAACAAACAUUGUUGAAAUGAUCAAUCUGGUAAUUUAAAAGUUGUUGGAAGCCUCUCUCUCCAAGGAAAAUCUUCAUGUUACAUCUGUUGAGUGUGUGCUUGUUCUCAUUAAAAUUAGAGGUUUGUAAGGAUCUAUUCAAGUCCAUUAAGGCAAGCCUCUUAGAAAAACGUGAAAUUGGGUCGAGGUUUG